CUCGCGAGAUUAGCGCUCCGUCCGUCGUCCGUCGUGGAUGCCCUUGUUGCCGGAGCGCCAUGGGCUACUGGGAGCUGAAAGAGGGGAAGGACUGUGUGCAGAAGACGUGGAUCACGACGAAACUGGGAACUGCGCUCGGCCUGGUGGGCUCCGCCUACCACAUCGUAGCCUUCCAGCCGGACUCGGCGCUGCAGGCUGUUCAGAGGGCGGCGGCCGGAACCGUGACCAUGGCGUCCCUGGGGGCGAUCUUCGGCAUGGCCACCUGCCUGAGCGCCCAGGUGCGCGACGCCCCCGAGGACCCCCUCAACUACUUCGUAGGCGGCUGUGCAGCGGGAGCCUUCCUGGGAGCACGAACCCACAGCGCCAUGACGGGCACCACGGCGUGUCUCGGCCUCGGCGCCCUGGCCAUGCUCACCAAGGUGGGAAAGAAGGAAGGCUGGAGGUUAACGGGACCCCCAAAGCUGUGACCCCCCCUCCUCUCCACCCCACGCCUUGUACCCGAGCCCCUGGCAGCCUGCACACGGAACCUGCCCUGUGCACUUUUCUGUUAAAUAAACGAAUAAAGUUGUAUUGAAAUGUGUCACGUAGACGCUGCCCGAGUCUCUUUCCGUGGAGGAAGAAGACACUGCGUCGCCGUUGUCGUGUUCUGGCAUACGUUCAGGGCAGUAGCGUGUACCAGUUUGUGUACCGGGUGUGUGUGUGAGCACCGCCAUGCUGGGGCUCUAUAACUCUCUCCGUGAGGCACCGUACCAAUGGAUGUUUGGACUGAUGAACCCAUACAUGUGUUGUUAAAUACAUUAAUC